UGCUACUAUGUUCAUCUAAGCAAGUCCAGAGUUCGCAUGCCAAACAUGUAAACGUCAGCAAAGUGUGGUUAUGUUGAUAACAUAGUGGUGAAUAUUUUGUUUACUCUUGUCGUUAGUUCAGUUUAAAGGGGAGACAUGACAAAUAAAUGCGUUUGUGUUGUAGUUCUCGGAGAUUUUGGGAGAAGUCCACGUAUGCAAUAUCAUUCAUUGUCGUUUGCUAAAGAAGGUUAUGAAGUUGACGUUAUAGGAUACGGAGGUUCUCAGCCGAUAAAAGAACUGUCAGAACACCCAAAAGUGAAUAUUCGCACUUUACCCUCAUGCCCUGACUUCCAAAAAUAUUGCCCACGAUUGGUAGCAUAUGGCCUGAAAGUGAUAUGGCAGAGUGUAUCAUUGCUCCUAGCUUUACUUUUCAAAAGACGUUCCAAUCAUGUUAUUGUGCAGAAUCCUCCAGCUAUUCCUGCAUUGGCUGUGUGUUGGUUUUACAGUGUUAUCAUGUUUGCAAACUAUGUCAUAGAUUGGCACAACUAUGGUCACUCCAUCUUGGCUCUCACACUAGGUCAGCAACAUAAGCUUGUCAGCAUAUCAGUGUGGUUUGAGAGUUACUUUGGCAGAAGAGCAACUGCCAAUCUUUGUGUUACCAAAGCAAUGAAGGAAGAUUUGGAAAAGAUAUGGAAAAUCUCGGCUGUCACACUGUAUGAUCGACCUCCUGAAGUGUUUCGGCCCAUCUCUGUAUCCGAGAGCCAUCAGUUGUUUGUGUCCCUUGAAAAUCAGUUCCCUUCGUUCGGGACCAGUGACUGUUCUUCCACGACCGCAUUCACAAGACUACUGCCAGAUGGUAGAGCGGUUUGGAGAGAUGAUCGUCCAGGUCUGAUUGUUUCCAGCACAAGUUGGACUGAGGAUGAAGAUUUCUCUAUACUUUUGUCUGCUUUGCAAGAUUAUGAGGAGUCAUGUUGUGAUGAACACUGUGAACUGCCGAGCCUGGUCUGUGUUAUCACAGGGAAGGGACCACUCAAAGAGCAUUACUGUCAUCUUAUUAAAGAAAGAACCUGGAAAAAUGUACAAGUUGUAACACCAUGGCUGGAACCAGAAGAUUACCCACGUCUGCUAGCAAGUGCAAAUCUAGGAAUAUGUCUUCACACGUCAUCCAGUGGGCUCGACCUCCCAAUGAAAGUAGUGGAUAUGUUUGGCUGUGGUCUGCCAGUGUGUGCAUACAAUUUCAGGUGCCUGAAUGAGCUGGUAAAACACGACAUAAAUGGCUGGACAUUUGACAGUGCUACUCAACUUUCUGAUCAGCUUCAGGCUUGGUUCCGAGGGUUCCCACACAGUAAAUCACAGCAGGAGAGAGAGACAAGAUUCAGAAAGGAACUGGAGAAUUUUCAGAAGUUACGUUGGCACGAAAAUUGGACGUUCAGUGCUUUACCUCUCUUCACGGUACAUUAAAACAGUACCAGGUUAAUAUAUAGCCACUCUGUUCAUUCCAAACUGAUCUGUGAUAACUCAACUGUUAUAUUCACAGCCAGUGGUGUUGCAUCGAGGUGAGUUCAUACUUACAUGAUACUGUAUCAGGUGCAGAGGUUACUGAUGUGGCACGAAACAAGACAAUAUGAUGAUAAAAAUAGUGGAUUUUAAUUGAGUUAAAAAUGUUGCAUUUAAUCCACGUGGUGUAUUUAGUGAUUCACAUGAUUAUCACAGUAAACAGUGUCUAUUUCUCAACCAGCAUUUACUGAUUGAUCUUUCUAAAGGAGACAUAAUGUGUUUCCUGUGAGGUACGAACUUAAUUUCUAAAUAUUGUUUAGAUGAAUAAAACUACCAAACAUAAAGUAA